AGAAGUAAGAUUGAGCGAUGGGAGUAGAGGGCAGGUUAGGACCCUGCCCCAGACUCUGACCAUCACUAAGGCCUUUGACCAGAGAAAUGUACCCCCUGGGGUCCUUUCCGCCCCCUUCACUUCACCACUUUUACCCCCCUCCCCCACCUCCAAUCCUUAUUUCCAUUCCCCCUCCCUCCUCUAGUGUCCAUCACCUAUAUCUUUCCCCCCAUACGGUGUCCGUUCCUUAUAUGAGUCCCCAUUCUGUUCUUCCCCUAUCUCAGUCCCUUCUCUGGCCCAUUCCCUCUCCCCUCCCUUCUAUCUGGUAGCUCCCUUAUAUCUCUGCCACCUCUCUACCUCUCCUUCAUGACCCCAUUGUCUUAGUACCCCUGUUAGGUGCACCUCAUUUCCUCUGCCCCAUGUCUGACUGGGCUCUUCUGGUAUAUUCCCUUGUCUCUAGGGGUUGACUCUCAUUUCUGCCUCCUUUUCACUUAGCUCCAUCCCUGUGAUUUGUCCCCCAGUCCAUCCUCUAUCCCUACCCCAUUCCCCAUCUUGUCACUGCAAGUCUGUGCCUACCUACUUUCCCCUAAUACCUUACUUCGCUCUUACCACUCGUUCCUCUUUUCUUGUCUCUUCUACUUCCUGGGGCGUUGGAGAUUUGGGGUGCAAAGAUGUAGGUUUUGAUGGUUGGAACAGGGCCUACGAGACAUCCCCAUCUAAGCCCUGUGGGAUUUCUUAUCCUAGUAAAAUUUUUUCCCUUUUCUCAGCUGUGUUGGUCUGUCUCUUGCAUCUGCCUCCCAGAAUCAUCCUUACUUAAGUCCAGACAAUAUGUGUGUGUGGGGUGUGUGUUUCCAGAGUCGCUCCUAAGCCACGUUCCCUGCAACCUUCCCUGCUCCCAGGGGGAAAGUGUCCCCUAAACUCUAGCCUGCCUUCCUGUGGCUACAGCCAGAACCAGCCCCUCCCAGAAUGUUUAUAUGUAUCAACAGACUUCUCUUCUGGGAGCCCUCAGAGUCUGAGUGCGGUGGGCAUGUUGCCUGCAGUGUGUGCAGUCUCAGAGCCUAGGGACUGGUGAUAUCUGUAUCUAAGAGGGUAUUGGAGAGAAUCUCUGAGGUGGCAUGGAGAUAGUGAAAGUCUGGAAGUACUGGGGUUUCUAAAUAUAUGUAUUCUAGGGGUUCAUCUCUGACUCUGAUGUGAAGGUUACGUCCAUUUGAAGAACAUGCAUAUCGACAGAAAGGGGGUAGAUUUUUCAAAACUUUCCUGCUCAGGGGUAUUCAGUUAGAUUUUAUUUUAUUUUAAAGUAGGCUCCACUCCCAACAUGGGGAUGGAACUCAUGACCCUGAGAUCAAGAGUCACAUUCUCUACUGACUGAGCCAGCCAGGCGCCCCGGGGUACUCAUUUAGGAGGGAGCUUAAAGAACAGUUCUUUUCUUGCAAUAUAUCCAUGAUUAGUUAUCCUGCAAAGGUGACAGGAUUUGAUUUUUUUUUCUUCCUCUAAAUUGUUUCACGCUGUGAUACCUUAAACCUAUUUUCUAUCACUUUGAUGUCACCAAUUUGAUUCUUACUUCCAUAGGGCCUGUUCCCUGUGUCCCUGUGAUGGUGUGUAGCAUUGGGAUUUAAAGGAGAGACAGUUUGCAGGGAUGGGGGAAAGGAAAGAACAGCUAAACUGGGUAAGAUGCCCCCUGGGGCAUCUCCGAGCAUGGGCAAUGCUUGGUCUAGUGUUCUUUUUCAGAAGUUUGUCCCCAUCCUCAGCUUGCACUUUGGAGGCCCCCUCUCUGUCACAGGCCCAGACCUUCCAUCCUUCCUUCCCCUCUUUCUUCCUCAAGCUCCUCACUGUGCCUUGGAGAGGUUCCUAACCUGUGGAGUUGGCUUCCGUCCUGUCCGUGGAGACUAGGUGAAGAGAAGGGGCAGUACUGAAUCUUUAAUCUCUGGGCAUGGAGUGGGAGAAGAGAUCAAUUCAGUCUCUGUUCAUUCAAACAAAGGCAUGUCUCCUACCUCCUCACUCUCCAGCCCCUCCAUAGCCAGAUGUUGACAAGACCUAUCCUCCCCCUACCACCAGAAGAACCAGAACUUUCCCCAGAGGUUGAGCGGGGUUGGGCUAGAGGAGGAGGGAGCUGAGAAUAGAGGAGAGACAGGAGGAGAGGCCCUCUCCUGUCUCUGAUUCUGUGAACAGAUGUACGGGGACCCCCUAUGCACCGAACCCAAUACGUUCAUUCCCCAUAUGAUCGUCCUGGUUGGAACCCACGGUUCUGCAUCAUCUCGGGGAACCAGCUUCUCAUGCUGGAUGAGGACGAGAUACACCCCCUUCUGAUCCGGGACCGGAGGAGCGAGUCCAGUCGCAACAAACUGCUGAGACGCACGGUCUCCGUGCCGGUGGAGGGGCGGCCCCACGGCGAGCAUGAAUACCACUUGGGUCGCUCGAGGAGGAAGAGCGUCCCAGGGGGGAAGCAGUACAGCAUGGAGGCCGCCCCCGCUGCGCCCUUCCGGCCCUCGCAAGGCUUCCUGAGCCGGAGGCUAAAAAGCUCCAUCAAACGCACGAAGUCACAACCCAAACUUGACCGGACCAGCAGCUUUCGCCAGAUCCUGCCUCGCUUCCGAAGUGCUGACCAUGACCGGGCCCGGCUGAUGCAGAGCUUCAAGGAGUCACACUCGCACGAGUCUUUGCUGAGCCCUAGCAGUGCGGCCGAGGCCUUGGAGCUCAACUUGGAUGAAGAUUCCAUUAUCAAGCCAGUGCAUAGCUCCAUCCUGGGCCAGGAGUUCUGUUUUGAGGUAACAACGUCUUCAGGGACAAAAUGUUUUGCCUGUCGUUCUGCCGCCGAGAGGGACAAAUGGAUCGAGAACCUACAACGGGCAGUAAAACCAAACAAGGACAACAGCCGACGGGUGGACAAUGUGUUGAAGCUGUGGAUCAUAGAGGCUCGGGAGCUCCCCCCCAAGAAGCGGUACUACUGCGAGCUCUGCCUGGAUGAUAUGCUGUAUGCCCGCACCACCUCCAAGCCCCGGUCGGCCUCGGGGGACACCGUCUUCUGGGGCGAGCACUUUGAGUUUAACAAUCUACCGGCUGUCCGUGCCCUGCGGCUACAUCUGUACCGUGACUCAGACAAAAAGCGCAAGAAGGACAAGGCGGGCUACGUUGGCCUGGUGACUGUGCCCGUGGCCACCCUAGCUGGGCGCCACUUCACAGAGCAGUGGUACCCCGUGACCCUGCCGACAGGCAGUGGGGGCUCUGGGGGCAUGGGGGGUUCAGGAGGGGGCGGGGGCUCAGGGAGCGGCUCAGGGGGCAAGGGCAAAGGAGGCUGCCCAGCUGUGCGGCUGAAAGCACGCUACCAGACGAUGAGUAUCCUGCCCAUGGAGCUGUAUAAGGAGUUUGCAGAGUACGUCACCAACCACUACCGGAUGCUGUGUGCCGUAUUGGAGCCCGCCCUGAAUGUCAAGGGCAAGGAGGAGGUUGCCAGUGCACUGGUUCACAUUCUGCAGAGUACGGGCAAGGCCAAGGACUUCCUUUCAGACAUGGCCAUGUCCGAGGUAGACCGGUUCAUGGAACGGGAGCACCUCAUAUUCCGCGAGAACACGCUCGCCACUAAAGCCAUAGAAGAGUACAUGAGACUGAUUGGUCAGAAAUACCUCAAGGAUGCCAUCGGGGAAUUCAUCCGUGCUCUGUAUGAGUCGGAGGAGAACUGCGAAGUGGACCCUAUCAAGUGCACGGCGUCCAGCCUGGCAGAGCACCAGGCCAACCUGCGGAUGUGCUGUGAGUUGGCCCUGUGCAAGGUGGUCAACUCCCACUGCGUGUUCCCGAGGGAGCUGAAGGAGGUGUUUGCAUCUUGGCGGCUGCGCUGCGCAGAGCGGGGCCGGGAGGACAUCGCUGACAGGCUGAUCAGCGCCUCGCUCUUCUUGCGCUUCCUCUGCCCAGCCAUUAUGUCGCCCAGUCUCUUUGGGCUCAUGCAGGAGUACCCAGAUGAGCAGACCUCACGAACCCUAACCCUCAUUGCCAAGGUCAUCCAGAACCUGGCCAACUUUUCCAAGUUUACCUCAAAGGAGGACUUUCUGGGAUUCAUGAAUGAGUUUCUGGAGCUGGAGUGGGGUUCCAUGCAGCAGUUCCUGUAUGAGAUCUCCAACCUGGACACGCUGACCAACAGCAGUAGCUUUGAGGGUUACAUCGACUUGGGCCGAGAGCUCUCCACACUGCAUGCCCUGCUCUGGGAGGUGCUGCCCCAGCUCAGUAAGGAAGCCCUUCUGAAGCUGGGCCCACUGCCCCGGCUCCUCAAUGACAUCAGCACAGCUCUGAGGAACCCCAACAUCCAAAGGCAGCCAAGCCGUCAGAGUGAGCGGCCCCGGCCUCAGCCUGUGGUGCUGCGAGGCCCAUCGGCCGAGAUGCAGGGCUACAUGAUGCGGGACCUCAACAGCUCCAUCGACCUUCAGUCCUUCAUGGCUCGAGGCCUCAACAGCUCUAUGGACAUGGCUCGCCUCCCUUCCCCAACCAAGGAGAAGCCACCCCCACCGCCCCCUGGUGGGGGGAAAGACCUGUUCUAUGUAAGCCGUCCACCACUGGCCCGUUCCUCGCCGGCAUACUGCACGAGCAGCUCGGACAUCACAGAGCCAGAGCAGAAGAUGCUGAGUGUCAACAAGAGUGUCUCCAUGCUGGAUUUGCAGGGCGACGGGCCCGGCGGCCGUCUCAACAGCAGCAGUGUGUCCAACCUGGCGGCCGUUGGGGACCUGCUGCACUCGAGCCAGGCUUCCCUGACAGCGGCCUUAGGGCUGCGGCCUGCGCCCGCUGGACGCCUCUCCCAGGGGAGUGGCUCGUCCAUUACAGCGGCUGGCAUGCGCCUCAGCCAGAUGGGUGUCACCACGGACGGUGUCCCUGCCCAGCAACUGCGUAUCCCCCUCUCCUUUCAGAACCCUCUCUUCCACAUGGCUGCUGAUGGGCCAGGCCCCCCAGGGGGCCACGGAGGGGGUGGUGGCCAUGCCCCUCCCUCCUCCCAUCACCACCAUCACCACCAUCACCACCACCGAGGUGGAGAGCCCCCCGGGGACACCUUUGCCCCAUUCCAUGGCUAUAGCAAGAGUGAGGACCUCUCCUCAGGGGUCCCCAAGCCCCCCGCCGCUUCCAUCCUUCACAGCCACAGCUACAGUGAUGAGUUUGGACCCUCUGGCACCGACUUCACCCGUCGGCAGCUCUCACUCCAGGACAACCUGCAGCACAUGCUGUCCCCUCCCCAGAUCACUAUUGGUCCCCAGAGGCCCGCCCCCUCAGGGCCCGGAGGUGGGAGCGGUGGUGGGGGCAGUGGUGGGGGUGGCGGGGGCCAGCCGCCUCCAUUGCAGAGGGGCAAGUCUCAGCAGUUGACGGUCAGCGCUGCCCAGAAACCCCGGCCAUCCAGUGGGAAUCUGUUGCAGUCACCGGAGCCGAGUUACGGCCCUGCCCGUCCGCGGCAACAAAGCCUCAGCAAAGAGGGCAGCAUUGGGGGCAGCGGGGGCAGCGGUGGCGGAGGGGGUGGGGGGCUCAAGCCCUCCAUCACCAAGCAGCAUUCUCAGGCGCCAUCCACGCUGAAUCCCACAAUGCCAGCCUCCGAGCGAACGGUAGCCUGGGUCUCCAACAUGCCUCACCUGUCAGCUGACAUCGAGAGUGCCCACAUCGAGCGAGAAGAGUACAAGCUCAAGGAGUACUCUAAGUCGAUGGAUGAGAGCCGGCUGGACAGGGUGAAGGAGUAUGAGGAGGAGAUCCACUCACUGAAGGAGCGGCUGCACAUGUCCAACCGGAAGCUAGAAGAGUAUGAGCGGAGGCUGCUGUCCCAGGAAGAGCAGACCAGCAAAAUCUUGAUGCAGUAUCAGGCCAGACUGGAGCAGAGCGAGAAGAGGCUAAGGCAGCAGCAGGUGGAGAAGGAUUCGCAGAUCAAGAGCAUCAUUGGCAGGCUGAUGCUGGUGGAGGAGGAGCUGCGCCGGGACCACCCCGCCAUGCCUGAGCCGCUGCCCGAACCCAAGAAGAGGCUGCUCGACGCUCAGCUCCUCAUCAGGUAAUUCUCCUGGUUCCGCUUUGACCACGGGCGGAGGACACAGGGGGAGGUGACUCCGGACCACUGCAGGAGAGGCAGCUUCCCCCCUUGGGUCCAACAAACCCGCGUGUGACGCUGGCCCCACCUUGGAACGGCCUGGCCCCCCCAGCACCGCCCCCCCCCACCCCGGCUGCAGAUCACCGAGAACGGCGAGUUCCGAAACACCGCAGACCACUAGCCCACCCAGCAUCACAGACCUUCUUCUCCUUCCCCAUGCACCCCACCCUGGAACAGCACCCACCACCAGGACUGGAUAUCGCCGAGGGACAGCGGGAUUGCCUCCCCGAAUGCCUCCUUGGGGGGGCAUCAAUCCCCCACCCCCACCGCACCAUUUCCAGGGGGGAGAGUGGGGACCCUUAGCUGUCCCCUUUUCCUUCCUGUUGGGGUGCUGCCCCCUGUGACCCCCAGGGACCCUUGCCCCAGGACACCACCUACCCCACACAGACCCCUUCACUCCGGGGUGCUAUCCCCAUCCUCUGCCUCAUCGUUCCCCUGAGCACUGGGGGACAGACCCUCGCCCCCACCCUGGGGGUGUGGCACCUCCAAACUUUCAACUUCAGGGUGAUUUUUUAGCAGUAACCAGAGCUGACAAUCUAACUCCCCUCCACCGCCCCAUUUUGGCCUCCCCUGUCCCCCUUGUUAUGGGGAGGGGACCCCAGGUGAGGGGGCCCUAUUACCCCUUGAUUUCUCAGGAGCGUCUGGGGGGGGCUCAGCACGCACAAACUCCUUCUCCUCCUACUACUCUUAAAUUUACUCCCUCCCCACCCAGAACCCAGAUGGGGUGGAGGGGCCACCGGGGCAGGGAGGGGGCGGCAAGGGGGGAAUGGGAGUCAUCUCCCCUUCCUCCCACACCUGAUCUGCUCUUGGCUGGUCCCAGAGCGGGGUGAGGGGGCUUAUGCCCCCCCCCUCCCCCAGUGUGUUGGGUGGGGUGGAAUUGAGGUUAGGGUGAGGGGUUAGGGUCUAGGAGGGUGUGUAUGUUAGGGAGGACAGACUAGUUGAUCUGCCCUACCCUGACACACACAGCCCCCCUUGUCCCUCCCCCUCUCUCUUCUUGGUCUCUACUCCCAGGGGGAGGGGGGAACUUACUCUAGGAAAAGCCAUGUCUCUCUCCCCCAGGGUGGGGGGACCUGUGUUGGAGGAGGGGUGUUGGGGGCCCCCUUCCAUGACUCUGUCCCCCCCCCGGGGGAGGUAGGACAGGGCUGGGCUUCCCUCUCAUCCUCCCCCCUCCCCAAUCUCCCUCCACCUCCCUCCCUCCCGCCAGCUCCACAAUUUUUCGGUGUUUCUCUGUACAUAGCUCUCUGGCGGGAUAGGGGAGGUAGGAUGGAUGGGGUUUAGGGUGGGUAGGUCAUGGGAGGGGAGAAGCCCCUCCUUGGCACCCCCAUUUCCCUGACUGCUGUCCCCUACCCAGCCUUGCCCCCUCAUCCCUUCUUGCGUUUGGUAUUGAGACUCUUUCCAGACUUCACCCUUCUUUCUUUUGUAUGGACAGUUCCCCUUCAGUCCCAUCCCCCUACACACAUACACCCAGCCGGGGCCAAAUUUAUACUUAUAUAAAAGUUGUAAAUAUGUGAAAUUUUAUCCCUGUGCCCUCUCCUUGCUUUCCCAACCUCAGACCCUACCCCUGGAUCCUCUUUCCUCUUCUCUUUGGCUGUUGUAAUUAUCUGGGGUUUGUACUGUACAUAUCGGGGGUGUGUGUGUGUGGGCUGGGGGCAACCCCUCUGUACAGAGCUUCCUGGCCCCCUCCCCCCCCCACGCGUCCCUCCCCCUCCACCACCCUAAGGGUAGGGAGAUGCUCUUCCUACUUGUUUUAUUUUGUUUUCUCGUUCUCCCUCCCCACCCUGUCCCACCCCACUCCCAGCCUCUCUGUCCUUCACCACUAUCCCUUUUUCUCCACUCCCAGCCCCAUUUCCUUUUUUUCUGGAGUGUGUGGUGAAACAGAAAAAUCAUGUUUAAUAAACGGAGAUUGUUCUUUUA